AACUCAUCCUCCUCACGUCUGCUGCUGGAACGUGUGCACGUGCAGCAAGACCCCCUUCCGGCUUCUUCUCACUCAAUGCUGUUGUCUCAUCACUCUCAUGCUGUCAAUCCUCGACUUUAUAGUUUCUCAUGACAACUUCAAACCUGCCUGACAUAGUUCUUCCCGUUAAAACAUCAUGUUCUCAUGUAUGUCCUUCAUCACGCCGUCAACUUUUGACACUCUGGCGUCACUGCCUAGCAUCCUUCUCAUUCUGCUCUCAUGUCCUCAACCUCAUGACGUUGCUCACUCUAAUUCAUCCCUCAACAAUCUCAUUCUUGUCUUUCUGCCACGGACGCCAUCUUCCUGCAUCAUCACUCAUGAUCCUCAUCACACACAUCCACCAACUCAUCCGCCUGCGUCCUCAUUCUAAACUACCUUCUCAUUCCAUGCAUAUCCCUGCUGUCUCGUGUUCUCAAGGUGUCUCAUACUGUCUCGUGCUCUUGUGUGUUCCCUGGUCUUGUCCUAUGCUGUCUCAUCAUCUCAUGUUGUAUCAUGCUUUGUCAUUUUCUCUUGCGUUCUCUCAUGUUGCCUUGUGUUCGCAUGUUUUGUCAUGUUGUCAUUGCAUUCUCAUCUGCCCCUGUGUUGCCUCAUGCUCUAUCAUAUUAUCUUAUACUGUCUUGUGUUGUCUCAUACUCUCAUGAUCUCUUGUGUUCUGUCAUGUUGCCUUGUGUUCUCAUGUUCUGUCAUGUUGCCUUUUACUGUCUCAUACUCUUUCUUGUUCUCAAAUCGCAUCAGGCCAUCUCUCGCGUUUUCUCAUGUCGACUUAUACUCAUGUUCCCUUGCGUUCUGUCAUGUUGUCUCAUGUUCUUUAUUGUUGCCUUGUUUUCUCAUGUUGUGUCAUAUUGUCUUACACUGUCUCAUGUUCUUAAAUGUUGCCUUGUUUUCUCAUGUUGUAUCAUAUUGCCUUAUAUGGUCACGUUCUCUUGUGUUCCCAUGUUGCCUCAUGUUCUCAUGUUGCCUCAUGUUCUCUAGUGUUGUCCUUUGCUGUCUCCUAUUCUCUCGUGUUGUAUCAUGCUGUGUACUUUUCUCUUGCGUUCUCUCGUGUUGCCUUGUUCUCAUGUUGUCAUGUUGCCACUGUAUUCUCAUUUCCCCCUGUGGUCUCAUGUUGUAUCAUAUUAUCUUAUACUGUCUUAUGCUCUUGUGUUGUCUUAUACUCUCUCCUGUUCUCAUGUGUUCUGUCAUAUUGCCUUGUGUUCUCAUAUUGUCAUGUUGCCACUGUAUUCUCAUUGUCUUAUGUUCUAUUGUUGUCUUAUGUUCUCUCAAGUUGCUGUGUUCCCCUCGUGCUGUGUUGCUUUUUGUUCUCAUGGUCUCUCAUAUUGACUUACACUCAUGUUGUCUUUUAUUCUCAUGUCGUAUUGUGUUCUCAUGUUGCUUCAUGUUCUCUCUCAUGUUGUCCUAUGCUGUCUUCUGUUCCUUUGUGUUGUAUGCUGUGUAAUUUUCUCUUGGGUGCUCUCAUGUUGCCUUGUGUUCUCAUCUUCUGUUAUGUUGCCAUCGUAUUCUCAUGUUGUCCCGUGUUGUCUCACGUUCUAGCAUAUUAUCCGAUACAGUCUCAUGCUCUUGCAUGUUCUCUCAAGUCGUAUCAUGCCCUUUCAUCUCACACUGUGUAAUUUUCUCUUGCGUUCGCCCAUGUUACCUUUUGUUCUCAUGUUGUCUCGCGCUGUCUCAUGUCCUCUCACUGUCAUACUUUCUCAUGUUAUCUUCUGUCAUGUCCUAUUGCCUUGUUUUCACACGUUGCAUCAUAUUGUCUUAUACCGUCUCAUGUUUUCUUGUGUUCUCAUGUUGCUUUGUGUUCUCAUGUUUCUCCCAUGUUGUCAUGUUUUUCCUCAUGUCUGCGUGUCUUUUUUGUUCUCAUGUUCCCUCAUGCUGUCAUUAUCUCACGUUAUCUAGUGUUCUGUCAUGUUGCCUUGUGUUCUCAUGUCUCAUGUUAUGUCAUGUAGCCUUGUUUUCACAUGUAUCAUAUUAUCUUAUCCCGUAUCAUGUUCUCUUGUGUUCUCUCAAUGUUUUGUGAUGUCUCAUGUUCUCUCAUGCUGUCAUUAUCUCACGUUAUCUUGUGUUCUGUCAUGUUGCCUCGUGUUCUCAUAUUUCUCAUGUUGCUCUGUGUUCUCAUGUUCUCCCAAGUUGUCUCAUGUUUUCUCAUAUCGCCUUAUGCCGUCUCGUUUUCGCUAGUGUUUUCUUUUGUUCUCAUGCUGUCUCACAUCUCAGAUUCUUUUGUGUCUUACACCGUCUCAUGUUCUCAUCCUGUCUGAUGAGAUCAAUGUUGCAUGAACCAAUGCAGCAGUUUCUCAUAACGAAGAAGAAGCAUCAGGCUGACCUGCCAAUCAUCUGGCAGAACCUACUCCCCCCAACAAGAGACAGUGGAGACAGGAAGUAGUCCGCUUUACACCAGGAGUAAUCCUACUUCCUAAAAGAGCGCAACAGGAACCAGCAGAACACAGAUGGCGGCCAAGCUUUACUAUGGAACAAAGAAGUCAAGCGAACACGGUUGGAUUGGACCACACACACAAAGUACAGUGUAUUAUGCAGCGAACAUUUCGAACAAUCAUGUUUCGAAGAGGAUCCCUUGCAAAGGGCAGCGAUGGACAUCGCCACCACCCGUCGACUCGUGCUGAAGAAAGGUGCGAAGCCAACUAUUUUCAACAGACCACGGCCAUGCUUAAGUGCAAGUUCGACAAGUUCAGAGCACCCCACACCCUCCACAAGUGGACAGACUGUGCACAUGAGGUCUGCAUUUGCCAAAAGGGAAAGGAAGAGGACAAUAGAUCAGAUCAUGGCCAGUACGACUACGGCAUCAGUGGCGGAUGCGGUGGAUGAACCAAUGGCAAUGGCACUAGAUUUGCCUGAUGAGGAGGGCGAUCAAGAUCAGGGAAAUACAAGAGAACAAGGAUGCCAGACGGACUGGGUACCGAUUGGGAGAGCACCAACAGCAAUGACCAGUAGCAAGAGCACCCAAACAGGGAAAAUACAUCAUAGAUCAAAGGGACACCAGGUGACCCCAGAGAUCCUUGAGAGGGUUAGAGCUCGGCUGGCCAGGGUUAGUGAAGUCCCAUCGCCAAGUGUAGCAGCUCCAUUUGACAGCCCCGAGAUGCAGACUAACAUAGCAACUCCAGGUGCUCCUGCAUUGUUUGAUGUAGGACCAGCAUCAAGUCCCACUGCGCCUUUUGUUAGUGGUUCUUCCGAUGACAGCUAUGUGCCGAGUGAGUCAUCGACAUCGGAUCCGUGUCAAUCUGACGGGUCGCCAGAUCGCCCACGUACUCACCAGAUGCGUGAAGAGGGCUGCCACAAGGAACCGAACUACAUCAUCUUUGAGUCGUGCCUCCAGAGUCUCGUCAAGUGGUGUCACUGUCCAGUCUGUGGCAGCCAGGACAUAAGCCCUUCUUGGGAUUCAAACGGUACACAGCUGACCAUGACUCUUCAAUGUGCAUCAUGUGACCAGAGGAGUAGUUGGAGCAGCCAGCCAAACAUUGGCCCUUAUGCCGCGGGCAACAUCCUGCUAUCUGCUGGCAUCCUCUUCGCUGGCGCAUAUUCUGGCAAGGUGUUGCAAGUGCUGAACAGCAUCGGAGUGGUCACGUAUGUGAAGAGGACAUUUUUCAACCACCAGGAGCUCAUCCUGCAGCCAGCCAUCAAAAAGGUGUGGGAGGAACAGCAACGGACGCACCUCACCAUGCUGCAGGUGGAAGGCCGACCCCUCGUCCUUGGUGGUGAUGGGCGAGCAGACAGUCCGGGACACAGUGCCAAGUUUGGUACCUACACCACAAUGGAGCUUGUGGCCAAUGUGGUUCUCGACCUUCAGGUUGUACAGAGCAACGAAUGUCUUGGCAGCUACCAUAUGGAGAUGGAAGGACUGAAGAGGAUGGUGGAGCUGUUGAUCAGCUGGGACCUGGAUGUCGGGGUGCUGGUGACAGACCGACACAGACAGAUCGCUAAAUGGAUUCGCGAAAACAUGCCCAAUACACGGCACUGCUAUGACAUCUGCCAUCGGAAAGAAACUGAAGGCCAUCUACAAGCAUAAGGACUGUGAAUACCUGAAGCCCUGGGUGCAAAGUAUAAUCAACCACCUCUACUGGGCAGCAGUGUCUACACCGCCUGGAGAGGGGGAACUUCUGGUUGCCAAGUGGAAGUCUGUGGAGCGACACAUGCAGAACAUCCACAAGGACCAUGGCGACCUCUUCACAAUUUGUACUCAUGGACAACUGCAACGGCAAAAUAAAUGGCUCAAACAAAGUUCACGCUCAGCAGUGAAACGGGAUGAGGUGGUCAACAACAAGUCCCUGCUGAAAGAUAUCGCCAUGCUGUCGGGUGAACACCAGACUUCCAAGGUGGAGGCGUUCCAUAGCCUUAUCAUACAGUUUGCACCGAAAAUGUAUGUCUUCUCAUACAUCGGAAUGCUGUGCAGGAACCUGCUUGCUGGGCUGCACUGGAAUGAAAACUCGAGCCGCCCUAUAGCCACUACACAAGCGGGUGCUGAGCGCUAUGCAGUACGCUACCCGAAGUAAAAAGCAGGGGGCCAUGUGGUCAAGAAAAUCGCGACAGAGCCAACAUACCCCUACGUAGAUGACUUGAUCAGGGAGGUUGUUGCUGGCUGCAGACAGACCCCUGACCAGAGAACACCAGUCAGCGUCACUGUGGAUGUGCCUCCCUUCCUCUGCGAUGAACUGGAGAAGCCAGACAAGGAGGAAGCCAUCGCCAAGCACAGGAGUCGCUUCGGUAAGUGUUAACUGCCCUCCCAGUAACAGUUAGAGAUGCUACCUCAGUAGAAGCAUUUAAGUCCCAUCUUAAAACUCAUUUGUAUACUCUAGCCUUUAAAUAGACCCCCAUUUUUAGACCAGUUGAUCUGCCAUUUCUUUUCUUUUCUCCUCUGCCCCCCACCCCACACCCUCUCCCCCUUGUGGAGGGGUUAUUCCGGUGACCAUGGAUGAAGUGCUGGCUGUCUAGAGUUGGGACCCGGGUUGGACCGCUCGCCUGUGCAUCGGUUGGGGACAGCUCUGCGCUGCUGACCCGUCUCCGCUCGGGAUGGCCUCCUGCUGGCCCCACUAUGGACUGGACUCUUACUAUUAUGUUAGAUCCACUAAGGACUGGACUUUCACAAUAUUAUGUCAGACCCACUCGACAUACAUUGCUUUCGGUCUCCCCUAGAGGGGGUGGGGGGGUUACCCACAUAUGCGGUCCUCUCCAAGGUUUCUCAUAGUCAUUCACCGACGUCCCACUGGGGUGAGUUUUUCCUUGCCCGUAUGUGGGCUCUGUACCGAGGAUGUUGUUGUGGCUUGUGCAGCCCUUUGAGACACUU